UGAACUAUCAAAUUAUAUUUGUCUGUGGGCGAUGCUAACUUGCUAGCAGAGUUAGAAAUCAACAAAUUAAUAAUUAGUAUCAAGCUUUUUACAAAAAUAAUUAGAUGGGUUCGGUUUUAAUUCGUGAAGAAGGUUAAAUUUAUCCAGGUACGUAUAAUUAUGUGCCUGUACGAUCCAUGUGCUCUUUACAACAAUGUCUGAAGCAAUUGAAGUAGAUUCUGACAAUCUCUGCACGACAGAGGACGCAUUUGAACAAUUUCAAGCGGUAUCUAUGUAUGAAGAAGAUGAGUACAUUACGCUCGCCGAUAUCGUGUCACCUCCACCUCCCAACCGGGACAUAAGCGAGAUUCUACAUGGCAUGCCCAUCGACGAUGUAAGUUCACUUGCUGUAGAAGAGACUUCAAACCAAGUAACAUCAACAACAGACCAAAAUGUCCAGGAAACUACACCGACAAAGCGAGAAAGGAAAACAGACAAUGACUUGGAAUCUAGCAGUUGUCAAGUAAGUGAAACUAGAGAAUCUUACGAAUAUUUAGCAAUAACUGACAAUGAAAACAAAAACAAUGUAACAUCCCAAGGCUUGGAGCUUGACUUUAAUAACAGUAUGUUAAAUGGAGAGCAGGCCUUACCGGAAACACCUAAUGAGAAUCAUCCCUCAUUUGAAUUCAUAAAAAAGUCUAAACGUGGGCGUGGACGUGGGCGUGGGCGUGGGCGUGGGCGUUAUAUUAGAAACAAGAAACCUGUCCAACAAGCGAUGCCUGCCCAACCAACGCUACCUGCUCAACAAAAGAUACCAAAAAAGAGAGGUCGACCAGCUAGACCAAAACAUGAAGUUCCUACUCCCACAACAAAUGAAGACAGAAAUGGCUUAACAGAUAAUGUUAACAAUAUAAGUAAUAUUAGUGAAGAGUUUGUGGAAAACACUGAAAUCAAGACUACUAAACGUGGAAGAAGAAAGAAAAAAAUACCAUCAGAAUUAAUAGAAUUUUCUAAUGAGGUCGAAAUUGAGCCUGAACCGGAUUUAAAUUUCACAUUGCCUGUAGAAGAAGCUGCAAUGUCGAGUGACAAUGUAGUAAAAAAACAAAAAAAGCGUAGAAAAACUAAAAAGAACAGAUCCCAAGAUACAUCAAUUUUGGAUGAACAGCAAGAAAGCAGAAAUCAAUUGCUUGUGCCAAAUGAUCUAACAGAUGAUGAGAUGGAAGAUAUGCCUUUAGUAGCAUUUAGUAAUAAAAUAGCUAAACUUGAUAAAUCUGACACACCUGAUAUUAAUUCAGGCACUGAAAAUGACCUAUUAAAUGAAACAAACCAACUGAAUGAAUCAAAAGACAAUGUUGAUGCUCAAAAAACUCCAAAAAAACGUGGCAGACGUAAAAAAGUGGACUCUAAUAAUUCCACACAAAUUAAAAUGUCAGAGGAUGACAAUAAUAUCGUUACUACUACAGACAACAGAGUUAAUGAGGAUCCUGAUGAUCUAGGCUUACACAAUUCAAAAGGAUGCAUUAGUGAUUCAGAAGUAAAUAAGAAUAAUACUGAAAAUAUUGAAAACAACAAUAUUAAUGAUGAUGUAACUGUUCAGGAAUUCCAAGAAAGUGGACGCAAAGAGUCGACAAAUAAACGGAACUCAAAAAAGCCUAUCAUGUCAGAUUUUGAGUAUAACAUAGACAGUAUUGUCAAAAAUGAAAACCAGGAUGCCCCACAAUUAAGUGACCAUAGUGAAACGGAAACUGGAGAUUCAUCAAAAAGACCUGUACGCCGUAAAGCAAAAAAGAACUUGCACUAUGAUGAAGGGUCGGAUGAGGAUCCUUACGCUAAUAUUGAAUUGUCUGAUGAUGAACCACGAAGACGAAAGGGGGGUAGAUAUCAUUCUGAUGAUGAAUAUAUUCCAGGAGGCAAACGAGCACUAUUAUCAGACAUGUCUGAUAGUGAUAUGGAUAUUGAUGUUGAUGAGGAAGUUGACAUGGAUGAUUUACUAGGAGAAUCUUCUAAACAAAAAGGCAGAAAACAUAGGAAAUCGGAAUCAGGGAGUCCAAGAAAAAGAGCCAAAAAGGGUGAUGCAAGUAAGGUGAAUAAUCUAGAUGUUGUCACUGCUAUACCCUCUGCAACAGACAGUGGUGGUGAUUUAGAGGAUUUAUUAGAAACAUCAAUUAUCAAAACUAGUGAUGAUACUCCAAAAGCAUGGGGCUCAACAAAAGAGUUUAAAGACUUUCUCUUAAAAAUAUCUCAAGGAUCAGACAUCAAAAUCAAAAAAGCAAAAUCUAUUGACAAUACAAAAACUCCUCUUCAAAUACCAGUAUUAGAUCCAAAUGAAGCAAAAAAAACUGCAGAAAUGUGUGCACAAACGGAUACAAUUAAAACUAAAGCUGUUUCAGUUCAGACAACCAGCAUUCAUGAAGUGCCUAUGAAAAAUCAAGUUGGUCUGACUGCAAACCAAUCAGAAAAAGCAUGUGAAUUCUUGUCAGGUAUUGUAAAAACAACUGCAGAAUUAGGACAACUAAUGACUCAAAAGUCUGAAGAUUUUAUAGAAAAGAAAAUUAAUACCACAUAUGUGACGGAUACAUUUAAAAUGGAUUAUUGUGUAAAAAAAUCAUUUUUGUUAUUUAGACUUGCUAAACAUAACUUGGUUCAAAUGGAGGAAGAUCUAGCAAAACAAUAUGAGGAGUUUUUAAAAGAAAACAAUUUAAUUCAACACAGAGAAGAACAAAAAGUUAUUGAAUCAACCCCUAAAGCCACAAAUAGUGAUAGUGAUUGUGAAAUUGUUGAAGAACCAGUGGUAAAGAAAAAGGCAGAAAAAGCAGCAUUUAAUCCCAAGACUGUCUUUCUCAAUAAAGAGUUGUCUAUCAAGAUAGCAAAAAAACCCAGUGAGGAACCAAAACCCAAAGAAGAGUUAAAAAUAAAGUCUAGACAUACAGUUUGGAUCAAUGACUCUAUUAUGGUCAAAAAAGUAAAGCCUACUCAGUCUUUUUUAGCCCAGGACAGCCGAAAUAAAAAACCACCUGAUACAUACAUUACAUUAGAAAUGGUAAGUGAUUUUUUUACGAUGUAUAAUCGUCAAAAGGCAAUUGUAACAUGUGCACAGCUUGUGAGACCUGAGUGGCUUACCAUGAAGAAAAAUUAUACUUGUUGUUAUUUUUUUGAUAAAACCUGUGAUUCUUCUGAAAGUUCUAUUUCUAGUAAUCAAGAGUUAACAACUGAAGAUGCUGUUACUGAAAACAACUUACAAAUUCUGAGUGAUACAAAGCCUUUGAAUAGUACAGGUCCUAAUUCACUGUCAUCACUGUGUAUUGAAGUAAUACAGAAAAGGAUGCAUGCUGAAGAUCUUGUUAUUAAUAAGAUAUGUUGCUUAACUGAAAACAUUAAAUCAAAAUUCGAUUCCAACAUAUUAGUAAACACAUGUAAAGAUGAUACACAAGAUGCGACAUAUUUAAAUGAAUUGAACAAAAAUGGUAUAUGUAUACCAAAUAUAAAUCAGCAGUCAGUGAAAAUUAACCAUCUUAAAACUCUUUGUUACAAAAAAGUAAUGGAACUUAUUCAUGUGCCUGAUUUCAGUGAGAGUGAAGUAAAAAAAAAAUUAUCAAAUCAGUCCAAGACAAACAACAGUAUUUAUGACAUAGAGAAUGUAGAUGCUUGUACACCAAACCCUGAAUAUAGUUAUUUUGAGACAGCAAAGCCGUUAUUUUCACUUUGUUUGAAAAUUAUACAAGAUUGCCAAGAAAUAAUUGAAACUUCAAAUUUAACUGUAGAAAAUAAAAGAUUUUUGGAACCAGAUUCAUUGAAAAGCAUAGUUUUUAAUGAAGUCAAAGACAUAUUUUGCAAAACAAUGUGCAAAAUUAAUAUUCAUGAAGAUAAAGUUUUUAUAGAUACAGCCAUGUGUGUAGAUUACAUACAGUCUAUACUAAAUCAGAAUCAGUGCUCCUUUGAUAAGUUUGAACCAAGUUAUCUUAAAUCACUUUGUUUUGAUGUUAUGAAAAAAACCUUCACUGAACACUAUGAACAUGAUGAAGAAAGUAACAUUCAUGUCAAACCAACUGUAACAAAUGAGAUUCAGUACUUUGAACCAAGUUCUCUUAAAUACCUUUGUUAUGAUGCUAUGAAAAAAGCCUUUUAUGUACACUAUGAACAUGAUGAAAGUGACAUUAAUUUCAUACCAACUUUAACAAAUCAGAAUCAAUGCUUUGAACCAAGUUCUCUCAAAUCACUUUGUUUGCAUGCUAUGAAAAAAGCCUUUUAUGAACCCUAUGAACAUGAUGAAGAAAGUGACAUUCAUUUCUUACCAACUUUAACAAAUCAGAAUCAGUACUUUGAACCAAGUUCUCUUAAAUACCUUUGUUAUGAUGCUAUGAAAAAAGCCUUUUAUGAACACUAUGAACAUGAUGAAAGUGACAUUAAUUUCAUACCAACUUUAACAAAUCAGAAUCAAUGCUUUGAACCAAGUUCUCUCAAAUCACUUUGUUUGCAUGCUAUGAAAAAAGCCUUCAAUGAACACCAUGCCCGUGAUGAAGAAAGUAACAUUUCGCAGAUAGACAUAGAUUCAUUAAAUUUUACUAUUAAUAACGUAAACACUGUAUCAGAAGAUGUGUUUUUAAAUGGUCCCACAGAAGAAUACAGUGAAGACAAUCAAAUAGAAUCAAAUUAUGUAGAUGAUGAGGAACACAGUGAUUAUUCUGAUAACUGUGAAGCAAGCUAUGAUAACAAUGUUGAAGAGGACGAUAAUAACUGGGUAUCACAAGUCCAGAUGCAAGAAUUGCGAUCUUUUGUAGAGCCUAUAAAUAAUCCUAUAAAUAAUAUCGUCAAUGAAGAACCUUCCCGAGGUUCAGAUUUGCCUCCCAAUGGUAUAGUAAACAUCAAAAUAGAGCCCACAGAGGAACUAUUGGAAAGUAUUGUAGAAGCAAAUGUAAAAAAGGAGCCACUAGAUGAAGAGGAAACUACUUUUAUGCCAAUAGUAGCAUUUACUAAGCAAGAAAAUGCUGAUGCUUGUACAUCUUCUAAAGAACCUAUUGAAAGGCAAAAUAGUAAUAGUUAUGAUGAAAAUGCCUUUGAAGCCUUUGUGAGUACCAAUAAAAUGAUUAUGUCUUUAGAUAGCUACGAAACUACAAACGACGAAAUUUUCACACAAAGUACUUCACGAAUUCGAAGACAAUAUGAACCCGAUUCUGAUGAUGAAACUGAAAAUUUUGCUGAUAGUCUAAACUUGUUGGUACCUCAAAAUGUUGAAACUGCUAAGGAUAGAUUAAUGGAAAGUAGUUCAGAUGAAGAUACUAAUAAGAAAAAGAAACCAGAGAAACGUGGUAGGGGUAGACCUAAAAAAAUUACCAAAACUGUGAAUUCUCCACCAGUCAAAGAGAAUUUAGCAUCGAGAAGUGAUUUAGCUAUUUUAACUAGAAAAAUGAGAGAGAAAAUAAGACAGGUUGAAAGACAAAAUGAAUCUUCAGAGUCAGAAUUGGAAGAUACACUGAGUGUUUUAAAAGAAAAAGUUAAAGACAAACCUCCAAAAAAACAAUCAAGUGACAAUAAAGUCCCAGAAAAUGAAAUUCAAUGCAAUGAUGUAGAUUCAACUGAACAAGUAAAUGAAAAUAGUGCACAACAGGAUGAAACUGUGCUAAAUGCAGAUAAAGAUGUUGUAAAUGAAGAAAGUGAAACAACUGUAGCCUAUGAGGAAGAACAAAAUCAAUAUAAUGAUGAAUACAGUCAAUUUGCUGAUGUAGAUGAUAGGUCAAAUUCACCUUUGAUUGACAGAGAGGAGCCAGUGGAACUUUUGGAAUGUGAGCCAAACAUUUCAAUGUUUGAGAACUUGAUGGAAAAACCAAAACCACUUUCAAAAAGAAAGCCAAAGUCGAAAGCAAUAGCAACUCCUGCAGAAAAAACAUUAGAUUCUCCUCCAUACAUUGAUCGUCAUGGUUGGAAUUGCUACCCCAUUGACACUAAAGAUGGUAAAAUUUACCAGUAUGCUCAAAUAAAGUUACACAAGCUGCCGGAGUCAUUUGUGGAAACAUAUUUAAAAUAUCAAGAUCUUUCCGAGCAAGCUAAAGAUGAUUCCGAAGUAGACAAACUGAUCAAUUUACAAUCGCUACAUCGUAUUCAGUCAAAAGAAAAAGGCUCUCUAAAAGUAAAGGAGAGUAAAAGUGCUUCCACAGAACCUAAUAAAGCAAAAUCUUCAGAAGCACCGAAUGAAUUGUUAACGGACAUUAAAACUGAACAGUGCGAUGAGCUCUCACCUUCUGAAGACGAGGGGGAAAAUGCUGAGGACAUUCCUCCCCCAGCUACACCGCCGCCAAGCGCCGAGAAUUGCUUAGCAAAAGAUUUCCUCAUGAACGAUGAUAAUGACAGUGAUCCGGAAAAACAUGACAAAGAGGAUAAAAAGUCUGAAAAUUCACCUAAAAAUCAGGAUGAUUUGAAUGAAACUAGCCCCAAAAAGCCAGGGCGUCCGGCGAAAUCAAAAGCCGAAGAGGAUAAGGUGCAACCGAAAAACUUAAUGCUGACUGCUGACAAGAUGAUGACCAAAGAGUUAGCGCUGUUGCAUGCGCCUGUCGACCUUGACCUUAAGCAAGAGGUUCUGGAUAUAAAAGAUGUUUCGAUAAAGGCAGCUCCGAAAACUGCUCCGAAAACUAGUCCCAAAACUAAUACAUCCCGGGAACACAAAGACAAAGAUGACGACUCCUCGUCCGAAGAAGAGAAGCAAUGGUUCACGACCAAAGAGAAACUUCUCAAACGGCUGGAAAAGAAACAGGAGUGUCCAAGCGUGGAUGACGCGAAACGUGCCAAGAUCGUCAGCGAGUUCAUCGAGAAGCGAAACGACGGGCCGACCAUCAGACUGCGCGGCCGGCCGCCUCGCCGCCGCUCGCUCAAGAAGCUGAUGGAACGACGCAAGCAGAUGAAGAUACUAACAAGAGAGCUACUAGGCGACGACUCGACCCACACUGGCAAGAAGUCCUAUCAGACAUACGGGAAAGGGCGUCGUAACAUAAGAAAGGUGAUAAACAAGAAAGCACUGUCACACAGCACCGUAGUGGCUAAUAUGGAAGAGUUUGAAAGGAAACAGAGGUUGAAUAUGCGCCAGACACAGCUUAGGGAGAUACUCGGUUGCGAAGAGGGAGUGAACGUGGUGGUAAUCAACGAUGAGCUAUGUCUCGAGUACGACUUCGAUGAGAUGCGGCCCGUCGUCACCGUCCACCCGUUCUUCACCAAGGUCAUGAAAGCGCAUCAGUAUGAAGGCGUGAAAUUUAUGUGGGACGCUUGUUUCGAGAGCGUGUCACAAGUGCAGAGCGGCCACGCGGGCGGCGGCUGCAUCCUCGCGCACUGCAUGGGGCUCGGGAAGACGCUGCAAGUGCUGGCCUUGCUGCACACGGUACUAACGCAUCCACAAGUGGGCAUGCAGCGAGUGUUGGUGUGCUGCCCACUGUCCACGGUUCUCAACUGGGUGGACGAGAUUCACAAAUGGAUUGGACCCGUCACUAGCCAGAUCAAGAACCGCAAAUUCAAAAGGAAACUGCAGGUAUUCGAACUAUCAAAACUCAAGAAGACAUACGAACGAGCGUACCAGCUCGAAGACUGGUACAGCGGGGGAGGCAUAUUCAUCAUCGGCUACGAACUAUUCAGAAGUCUGUCCACCAUAGACCCUGUUUUGGACUGCGUGAGAGUUACUAUUGUGAACAAGAUCCGAACGGCGCUACUCGACCCCGGACCAGACAUAAUAAUAUGUGAUGAAGGACAUUUACUGAAGAACGAUUGUUCGGUUCUUGCUGUAGCCAUGAGCAGGGUUAAAACGAGGAGGAGAAUUGUGCUGACGGGAACUCCGAUGCAGAAUAAUCUUCGAGAGUACUAUUGCAUGGUUAACUUCGUCAAGCCUAAUUUGCUUGGCAGCUAUUCAGAGUAUUCUAAUCGGUUCGAAAAUCCGAUAAUGAACGGACAACACAGGGACUCCAUAGAAGAAGACAUCAAGCUCAUGAAAGCUCGGACACACAUCCUCCACAAAGUUCUAGAAGGAUGCCUUCAAAGGCAAGAGGCGUCCGUCCUCUACCCGUAUCUGCCAAAGAAAUACGAAUACACAGUGUUCGUAUCACUAACCAAAAGUCAGAGGCAACUGUAUACGCAUUAUUUGAACAACUACGCCAAAGAAACUAAACAGAGCGUGCUCAAGGACUUUCAUGUUCUGCAGAAAAUUUGGACUCACCCUCGAGUUCUACAUAACUUUUUCGUAAAGAAUCGAGAUGAAGAAAAACAACAGAAAAUAAAAGUGGAGAAUGAGGAUGACUUAGUGGCGGAAGACCUCGGCGCGUCGGAGGACACAAAGCCCAGCAUGAUGGAGACGUCGUGGCUGCCCUACUUGGCCGACAGCGAGGUGCUCGACGCGCUGCACAGCUCCAACAAGUUCCUGGUCAUCUUCCGACUGCUGGACGAGUGUAUCGCUCUCGGUGACAAAGUGCUGAUUUUCUCGACGUCUCUGUACACGAUGGACGCGCUGGAGUACUUCCUGCGGCGCAUCAACAACUGGUCGCUGGGGCGCGAGUACUACCGCCUCGACGGCUCCGUGCCGGCCGAGGUGCGCCAGAAGUGGUGUCGAGAGUACAACGCGGAGAGCAACACUGGCACCAAAUUAUUCCUCAUUUCGACCCGUGCGGGUUGCCUGGGUCUAAACAUGACUGCAGCGAAUCGCGUUAUCAUUCUGGAUACGUCGUGGAACCCCGCUCAUGAUAUUCAGAGUAUAUUCCGAGUGUACAGAUUCGGCCAGAAGAAAGACUGCUACAUAUACCGACUUGUGGCCAUGGGCACCAUGGAGCAGAAGAUCUACGAGCGCUCAGUGACGAAGCAAGCGGUGGCGUGCCGCGUUGUGGACGAGCAGCAGAUAGACCGACAUUACAACAUGUCCGAACUUACGGAGCUGUACAGACUGGACGAGGAUGGGGCAGGAGUAUCAGCUGGUUUAGCGGCAGGGGUAAGAGACGAGGCGCUUCUGCGAGUAGCCAGUAGCGAGACGCCCGCCGGACCGCUAUUGUAUGCAGUUCACGAGCACGACUCCCUCCUGCGUGGAUCGAGUGAGACUGGCCUGCCUGAAGACGAGCGCGCCGCCGUAUGGAGCCAGUUCCAAGAGGAACACGCCACUAAACAUAUUCAGAGUAUUGCAAUGAAUCUUCCAAAGAAACAAUUCAAUCUGAUCACACCAAAAGUAGAAAACAUCCAACAGGAUGCCAACCAAGCCGCAGCUGGUGCCUCUGAUAAUAAACCUAAAAAAAGAGGAAGAAAACCAGCUGCCAACAAGAACGCGCCUCAAGCUUCCACGAGUUCGCAAGAGGAGCCUUACCCGAAUCCAGACAUAGAAGAGUCGAUGAUCAAAAAAAUUAUGGACAUUUUAAUUCAACACAACUUCCACACGACUAAUGGGCCGCAAGAAAUCGCCGACUUGAUAAAGAAUGUACGAAAAACUGUAGCAAAUCCAAAUAGAGGAAGGUUGAAAAAUAUUGACCCUAUGACGGCGAGCAUCGCUCAAGUUUUAAUACAAGAGGGUAGCGGCAAUCCCGUGCCACCGACCGACGCGAACGUAGCUCCGACAGAUUCAGCGGAAACAAUAGUCGGGACACCAGCAGAUUAUAACAGUAUAUACUGUGUAGAUCAAAACGAUGGACAGGACUUAGAAACGGAUUAUUCGGGAAGAAAACGGCGGAGGCCAGGACAAGACCCGAAUUUGAAUCAAGAACAAACUGUCAUUGGAGAAACAGCUUCAACGGAAACCAUAGUUGGAACCCCAGUUGAUAACAGCAUAUACUUUGAAGGUACCAUAGAUAGUCAAGAUUCAGGCGGCGAGUAUCCAGACAGAAGGAAAAAACGACAACGAAGACAAUCUGAUGAGGAAUACGUACCAGGUAAACAGAUAAUGAAGAAAAUGACGAUAGCUAAUAUACCGACCACUAGAAAAUCAAACGAACAUAGUUUGCCCUUGGAUUCAAAUACCAACGAGACGAUCACGUGCGAUUUACCUACACCUGUAACAAUGCCUAUAACUAUACCCGAUCCAGAUGAGACAUAUCUAACGCAAACGCUCGACAAACGAGUUCACGUAAAGAAGGAAAAGGACAAAGCCAAGAAGACCAGCAAAAAGAAAAACGAGAUUGUAGAUGUUGAAAAAGAAAUGGAAAAACAAAUCCAAAUAGUCGAAAAAGUAAUCGAAAAACAGCCGCUAAACGUUGAAAAAGAACCAGCCGGUGCUAGUGAAAGCAUUCUACUCAGUGAUGAUGACGAACCUAUAGAAACUGUGCCUGACAAAGUACCAGAUAUAAUACGGCUAGCUAAUAUCAAACCAGAGAAUAUCAAACGUGAGAAGCCACCAAAUAAUAAGAAAGACGACGGUCCGUCGAUUCCUCUACAUAAAUCUCUGUUAACAAAUAAGAACUUCAUCAAAAUAGUAGCGCACACAUACUUGAGUGGGAAUCCAAUGUUGGAUGAAGAUGCAGCUAUUUUAGCAGCUCAAUACAGCACGCUGAAAGCUUUGAAUGAACUAGAGGCGACUAACAAGGAAAUCAUGAGUGGACCAAUAUACGAUAUUGCUGUGCAGGUAUUAGGCAGAGACUUGCUCAAGAAAUUGCACAACGCCAAUAAAAAAGACGGCGAAACCGUGCAACUAAGCACAAGUUCUAACGAAAUAACUAAUAAAGCAUCUGUAGACAAGAAACCAGUAGUAGAUAUCUCAGAGGCAGCACCACAGAAUGAGAUUAAAAAGAAACCAGGCCCCAAAAAUAGAAUGAUGGGAGUGAGAAAAAUAGAGACGCCCAAAUCUUCUCCAGUAACAGUUCUCGACGAUGUCAUUGAAAUACCGUCUACCAGCGCAAGCGUUCCUGUGGCUAAACGAAGAUCUGCUCCUCAAAGCGUUUCUGCCCCAGAAGUUGUACCAGUGGAAAUGUUCCAAGGCCCAGGGCCAGCGUCAAUGCGCUCGAGGUUCCCGUCGCAAGACGAGUGCAUACUGCCCGAUGACGACGACGACGUCAUCGUGGGCCACUCCGAAACCAUUGUGGGCCACUCGCAAACAACUGCGGGCCACACUCAAACAACUACGGGUCACACUCAAACAACUGCGGGCCACUCUCAAACAACUGCGGACUACUCUCGCGCCCCGCCUAAUAAACGCAAAUCUCAACCUCUUUUACUGAACUCAGUUUUGAGUGGUGCCGAAAAAGUGCAAGUGGCUCAGCCUAAAGUUGUGCAAAUAGUUCAGAAACAGCCCGUUGUUAACCCGAUUCCUCUGCCGCCGCCGCCGCCGACCGUUCCCAGUAAUACUACUCCAGAUGUACGUCCGGUCGGAAUACCGUUCCGUGCAUCAGGAAGUGCGACGAUCUGUUUGGACAGCGACGAAGAGGACGCCCCGCCCGCACCCCCUGUUAAAACCAUUACACGAAAAGCAGUCAAGUCUACGACCAAACUACCUCAUUCCACUCCUUCUGUCAUAUCCAGCGAAGCUCCAAUGUUCAGUCAAAAAACCACGCCGGUGACGCAGAGUAGACUGAACGCAAUACUCGAAAAUAAAAAGAAAGUUAUGCUCAUGCCUGCUCCAGAUUAUGCUAGAAGCGGACCAUCACAGACUUACUAUAUGCCAUCCCAAGGUAUUUCUACAGCGCGAAUGGGCAUCUCAGUGCCCGAAACUAUUGUCCCUGAAGAAAUUAUUUCCGACAGUGUCCAGUCUCCCAUUCUCCAACAGACGAGAUCUAAAUGUAAGCCCGGUGAUAUUAUACGAAUAAAUAAGGCUGGGAAGAUAGAAAUUUUAAGGAAAACUGACAAACCACCUAGUAUGAUUCUCACGGGCGCAUCCGUGAAACACUCGAGUGCGCCAGACGAAUAUAUUAGAGUCGAGGAUUCUCCGAUGACUAAAGUAGGUGCAAGCUACACUAGAACACCGUCGAUGCUUAAGUCUAGAUCGCAAAUAAAUGCCGCCGAAAAAAUACAGAUAACGAAUGCGCCGGAACCAGCUGAAAGGCCGCGUACAUCGUACACUAACGAUAACGUUGCUGAAACGCCACGUAUAUCGUAUACUAACGAUAACUUGAGGUGUGAAUCGCCAGACGUGCUCUCCGUACUCAAAAACGUUGUCCACAUACCCGCGGACCAAUACCAGGAGACAUACAAAGGGAUGAAUAAGAGCGAACCGCAGUUUCGUCCAACCCCGCAACCUUCCACUAUGACUAAAUCUCUUGAAAGAGAAAAGAAUGUGGUCAAAACGUCAAGCGACAUGGCCGUUAAGAAAGCGGAAGCUCUUUUAAAAUCAAUGGAGUCUAGACAGCACAGCAAGGGUGUUAAAAGUGAUAAUUACAAGGGAGUUAAAAGUGAUAUUUACAAGGCUGUUAAAAAUGAUAGUUUCAAGGGAGUCAAAGCUGAUAGUAACAAGGCAGGUCCCAAUAAAGUAAUAGAUCUGACUGAGGGUUUCCCGCCCGCACAGCCACCUCCUAGGCCCGCGCCCACUAAAAAGCCAAGUACCAUCAAACUGUCGGGAACUUCGAAGGAUAUUUCAAUAAGCAAAACCGGCACGCUCGUUAGCAACGCUAAGAAUAAGCCAUCGACAUCUUUCAUUCCACCAACGAAAUCAUCGACUAACACGAAAAAAGCCACGGCGCCGUUAACUCCGAAGGCUGAAGUCACUAAACGACCUUCGCCCUGGCAGGACAUCCUUCCCUACAAAAAGAAGAAACCCGACGGCAAUAAACUGACUCUCGCAGACUUCAACAUCGACGAUUUGGACGACAUCAUCGAAUUGGAAUAAUUUGUUGUUUUCCUCCAAGAUAAUAUUAUAAAUGUGCUUGAUUACGAUUGUGAUUGUAUUGAUUAUUUAGAGCUAACACAGACGGCCGGUUUUUGUCGGAGACCGAUUUUUGUCGUAGACCGAUUUUUGUCGGUUAUUUUGGUAUUUUGACGGUGAGGUGGUGUUAACAAACGCACACUGACGACUGCUGUAGAAGCAUGACUACUCGAAUGACGGCGAGAGUAAGCCGAUUUUGUAGGAAUUAGCAAAUGUGGCAAAUUCGGCUUUAAUUUUUGUAAACUACCAUGGCCGGACUUCAUAAUGUUCCUUGUUGAUUGUACUAGGUUUAGAUCUAUCAAUUUAGUUUAGUUUAUGGUACGGUUCGACAAAUGAUUCUUGAUAUAGUGAAUUGUGUGGCCCUGGCCUGACAUCGCACGAACCCGAAUGGUCGGCGCGAAUAUAGAUUUAAAAAUGCCGUGGGAAUUCUUUGUUUUUCCGAGCUUUGCAUAUUUAAAUACAACACACUAUUCGCUGUCACGCAAUAUCGCGUCUUCCGG